AGACAGUUCUGUGGUCCAACUCUAUUUUUAUUUCAGUUGAUAUUGACUGUCCAGACUGCAACCCAUACUUAACUGCCAGAGAAGUCAUCUGAUGUAAUGAGGGGCAGCUCCAGAGUAAGUCAAGUAGAGAUACGAAGUGGACUAGGAAACGGAAAUGCUGCUGUCAGCUUUACAACACAGGAAGAUGGCAAACCAAAGAAGAAAGCAUCCAAAAAGGUGAAACCCGUCAAGAAGACUAUUGAUGCAAUAUUUAAAGAGACUAGAGAAAUAAGAGCAUGGUUGGAGGCGAUUGAGGAGGACACGAAACUUGUAAAGAGACUUCAGACUGUGAUACUGCACUCAGCAAUACCUGAUCGAGAAACCAAGGACAAAUUGGCAAAUGCAAUGAUCAAAAUAAAAACACUUUCAUUAAGGACACGGUCAAGUUUGAAAGCCCUGGAGAAACACAAAGAGGAACAGCUGACCGCUGUCGAGACUCGAAUGUUGUCGGUCCAGCAUUCAACUCUCUCCAAACGGUUCCAGUCAGCAAUGGCAGACUACCAGGCAGUCCUGGCUCACCAUAAGGACCAGACAGAAUCACACAUCAAGACUCAACUAAGGAUAGUCAUACAGACAGUAACGCGGCGGCCUGCUGUUCUAGCGGGGGUCACACACCAGACGCCAGAAGAGCUGGAGGCUCUGCUCGACAACGAGACUACGCAAGUGUUUGUGGACAAUUAUGUACAAGAGACGCAAGCGAUGAAGACGGCCCUGCAAGACGCCAAAAUGAGACACAAGGAGAUGCUAGAGCUGGAAAAGUCCAUCAAGGAAAUGCAUGACCUCUUCACUGAUCUAGCCACAAUGGUGCACACCCAGGGUGAGAUGAUCAAUGUGAUAGAAUACAACAUAGAGCACGGUACCACCAAAGUCGCUGAUGGUAACACUGAAAUGUCUAAAGCUUACACCAAAAAGAAGUCAGCAAGGAGGUUAAAGCGCUUGAGGAUUCGACCACUAGUGCGUCUACGUCACUUGUGUUUCAAGAUUUAUAAGUUGAAAAAACUGUGGUGCUUCAUCUUGGUCCUGUGCAUUGUUGGUAUUAUUCUGGCUUACGUAGCUCUUCAUACUCUCAUCACGAGCAUCUUCACAUUCUGAGUCUCAACAGCAAUCCAAAACUCCGCUGUACAGAGACAGUAGACGCAGCUUUCAGCUGACUGAGCUGAGCAUACAAUUUUAAAAUUGGAACCCAUUCCUCACUGCCCAGAAAAUUUAAUACUGUGCCACUAGAUUUUUCCAAUGUGUUAUUGCAUUUUGGAAAGGAACCCUUUUGUAAAAUUUUUUUAGUUACAUUACAUUUUUACAUCAUAUGUAGUAUUUAUUCCUUAAUUUUAAGUGUCUUUACCAUACAAAUAUAAUCUUGCAGCAAUUUCAAAGGGAAAUUAAAACUUUUAAGUGACAAACAAAUAAAGAACUUCAUGAACAUUUUACUAUACUACAGGUUUUAUAAACAUGUUUGGCUCAAGAUUUACAUUUGAAACUCAAGAGGUUUAAAGUUUAAUCUCUCUGAUUUGGGGAGUGAAAUCAGUUUUUACGAUGUUUUGUAUAAAAGAAUUGUAUAUGAAACUGAUCCAUAUUGUAAUACAUUAUUAGAACAUGAUUGCAUUAUUUAAAAAUAGGACAGUAUUUAACUAGCAAACGAUUAUUGUUUCAGUGACAACUAUCUAAUGCAACUCUCAUUAUUCUUAUAAUCUUUAUAAUACAUUAGAACCUUCCUAAUCCGCCAUAACCAAGACUGAAGGUAGGGUCAAAACAUAAAAGGGUUAGAUUAUCAGGGAGGUGUCGGUAUUGUCAGUUUUUUUUGUGUGAUUUCCAUAUUAGCUUCUAACCAAUACUCUGAAAUGAAUCAACCUUGUCCAGUCUCUGUAGUAAUUUCAAUUUUUCACUUGAUGGAAAGAGCUAUUGUCACACCUCCUACCUUUGCAAGUGGUGAAUCGGAUCAUAUGAGAAUGCUUGGUAAUCCGAUGUAUAUUGACACUCAGCCUUUAUUCGAGUCAAUGCCUAGACUCUCUGAGUCUACAACCAGCAUAGAACAGGUUGCCGAUACCAAUGUGAAAGCAACUACAUGACUCGACGUAUCUUGGUGCCACGCACAGUAGUAGACCAUGUACUCCAUUACAUGUGAAUGCUACACUUUUCUCCCAUCACAGCUACUGUAGCAUACAAACUAUAAUUCUCUGAUUUAAACACACUGAUACUUUCCACGAAAUGAAACUUUAGCAAAGAGCAUCAGACAACGACACGUGCUGGCUCACGAAAACAAAAAUAAAACUGAAAGUAAGUAAAGACUUGUCGUGGUGUCACUGACCGUAAAUAUACUGUAGUCUGUGGUGCGGACUAGAGGGGUUCUAUUGUUAAGUAAGUUAACCACUGUAACACAUUUUUCCUUGUAUAAUGUGCUUAAUUAAUGCCAAUUGGGUCCAAAAUAUAUAUAAAGACUAAUACAACUUUUUCACUACAAACUUGGCAGAUUGUAAUGUAUACGAAAUUAAUAUGACAAGACUACAUUUUAAGAACUUGAAUCCAAAAUCAACAGAAUUUUUAAUUUAAAAGCUAGCACAAUUUUGUGAUAAAUUUUUCAUAACCAAUUUAAUUUCUCAAUUUGUAUGGAUCACUUUUAAGAUGUAAAUAUCAUUAAUUUAAGAUGUACAAGUGAAAAUUUUGUAAAAGUCAUGAGCAUUAUAACUGUUACGAUAUGUUACAAUGUGCGAGUAAAUGAUUCUGUAUGAGUAUUGUAUUCAUUUUAUUAAAUUGAAUGUGCUGUUUU